AUGAAGGCCUCCAUCGCAUUCCUCGCUGCUUUCGUUGCCUCCGCCGCCGCGCACAUGGAAGUGACCAACCCGCCGCCACUGCGCUCGAAGAGCAACCCGAACACGCCGGAGAACCUCAUCGACUACUCGAUGACGAGCCCGCUCAUCUCGGACGGCUCGAACUACCCGUGCAAGGGUUACCUCGCGGACACCGAGGGCAAGGAGAGCGUGGCGACCUGGGCCGCGGGGUCCACGCAGAGUGUGACACUCGAAGGCAGCGCGAUCCACGAGGGCGGCUCCUGCCAGUUCUCGUUGUCUGAGGACGGCGGGGAGACCUUCAAGGUCAUCAAGUCCUUCAUCGGCAACUGCCCCGCGAGCACGGGCCCGCUCAACAUGACCGUCGACGUCCCCGCCGACGCGAAGGACGGCGAGAACGUCUUCGCAUGGACGUGGAACAACCGCGUCGGCAACCGCGAGAUGUACAUGAACUGCGCCAUCAUCACCAUCGAGAACGGCGGCGCGGGCCUCAGCGCGUACCCGGACGUCUUUGUCGCGCAGCUCAGCGGCGUCAACGACUGCACCGUCCCCGAGGGCACCGACGUCGACUACCCGAACCCGGGCGAGCAGGUCGAGCGCGCGGACGGGGACGCCGCCAUCGGCGCGCCCGCGGGCGACUGCGGCGCAGCGAGCGGGGGCACAAGCGCGACCUCCGCCUCUGGCAGCGCUACUGCGACGGCGACCGUGUCUGCCUCUGCUAGCGCAAGCGUUAGCGCUCCGGCGAAGCGCGCGCAUAGGCGUCGUCGCGGGUCGUUCUGA